AUGGCCUUUUCAACAGCCAUCUCUCGUCCACUGCAGCUCGCCACUCGUGCAUUGCAGUGGUGCAGUGCCGUGAUUGUUUUGGGCUUGACUGCAUACUUCAUUAACACGGGUCCUCGCGGGGAGCACAUCAUCUACCAGGAAGUCAUUGCCGUUCUCUCCGUGGUCUUCUUCCUUCCAGCUUUCAUCUCGCCCUUCCUGCCAACAACACUGAGCAAAUUCGUCCUGAUAAUCGACGUCAUAUUCUCCUACCUCUGGCUAACCUCGUUCAUCUUCGCGGCCCAAGACUACAACUGGCACUUGUGCUACUUCCACGCCCCACCCGGUGUAUCCUGCAGCAUCAAGUAUGCCAAUGAGGCUUUCAUUUUCCUAGCUUUCAUCUUCACCUUCUUCGGUGUCUUCCUCGAGAUCGCUGCCCUCUGGGCUUAUCGCAAGGGAAAUACCGCCGGCCCCAUUCACGAGAAACACGGUGCUGGAGCCGGUGGUCGUGCGCCGCUCGAUGCGCCUGCUGAGCCUGUUGCUCCGGCCGGAACUGUCUAG